ACUAUAUAGGAGGUGACCGCGCCGUGCCGGACGGCAGCCGACCGAGCUGAUCCGCGGCGUCUAGCGUGCUCUCCAGCUGAGGCCGACAGCGCUCCAGACGCGGGCACACGCGAGGGGAGGUGUGAGCUACCUCUGCGACGGGCUGGCCAUGGGGACGCGGUGCUCCACUGUGACGGUACUACUCGCUCUCUGGCUGGGUCUUGUGGUCGCCGCCGCGGCCCGCAGGCUCUCCAUCGAGUACGACGCCGUUCCCAUCGACAGGGCGUCGGAGGACCUGGUGGAAUAUGUCGAGGAACCAGUGUACGGCUACCAGAGGACACCGGAAGUCUCUGAUUCAGAGUUCGUCUCGUAUCAGACGCGUUUCGACCGGCCGACAAGGGUCUACAGGCUCGGCCGUCGCAUUCAGAAGCCCGUCAAACGAUACUUGGGCGUGGAGAUUCCCGACGAGAUAGCGCAGCGAACCGCCGGCGGCGGAGGGGCGCUCAUCGACAAGCUGAAACAGCAGAUGCAGACCAGUGGGAAGUGAGCGGGCCGCACCGGGGCUGCGCGGACACCGGUCACGGCCCGUCCCGCUGAGGCUCCGACCAGCACCUGACCCGGCCUGUGGGGGACACCGGAGGGCCCCGCAGUUCUGGCGCGGCCUCUCAGAGCCCCCGGAGGACAGAGCAGGCCCUGAUCCGGCCGCCCUCGGGCCGCCGCGGGUCCCCGGAGAAAGAGGCUGCUCCGGGACCGCGGCUGGUGCGGCGGCCCGGGGGGCGGCGGCUCCGGCAAUGCGUCCGGCGGGCCCCGAGGCGGCCCAGGACUGCCUGCGAGCUGCAGCUCUCCUAUCGGAUAUGUGGCAAAAAGUGCGGCUUCUUCAACCCCGACUGGAAAUAAUCGGCAGAGCUAGGAGACGUCACGGAGACGCUUAUAGGCCAGCCUCCGAUACACUAACCGUUUCCAGUUCUUCCAUGGUCCGACCGCAGUGAGCAGUCAUAUCGAUACGGUGAAGCGCGGCACCAUCAGGCGAUGAAUGAUGUCUUAAUGAUGAUGGUGUUCAUUGUCACGACAUCGAACCUUAGCACAGAAGGCUGGCUGGUUUAUUUUCAGUUAAAAUUUAACCAUUUUGAACUUUGUGAAUUGGUCUGCGAACCAAUCACCUGUUAUGAGGAGGCCACUGGCAAUAAACAUGCUACUCACUAAUUGAAAUGUUUGGUCAAUUUAAACAGUUAUUUUCUUUCGAAGUGUGCAUAUGUUUAUUGACCGCUUAAGUGUUAUCAAUAAACCCUUCCAACAUGUUGUACUGUGACUUGGAAGGAGCUCGUUGGGAAGUUUACUGAAUAAAUACCAUUUUAGGAUGUGUGUGUAUGAUAGAUCAUUUGUAAGUGUAUAUUCUGAUGAUGUUAUGUGAGAGAACUAAGUGUCAGUAUGCGUGGAAUUAAUAAUAUAAUGUUGCAUGGUGA